CCCGCCGCCAAGGACAAAAGAGCGGCCCCUGCGCCAUGAGCAGCGCCGAGAUGGGCAAGUUCAACAUCUCUCCCGACGAGGAUAGCAGUAGCUACAGCUCCAACAGCAACGACUUCAGCUACCCCUACCCCACCAAGCCGGCCGCCAUGAAGAGCCACUACGCUGAUAUGGAUCCGGAAAAUCAGAAUUUCUUACUCGACUCCAACGUCGGAAAGAAGAAAUAUGAAACUCAGUAUCAUCCGGGUACCACUUCCUUUGGGAUGUCAGUAUUUAAUCUGAGCAAUGCUAUUGUGGGCAGUGGCAUCCUGGGACUUUCCUAUGCCAUGGCUAACACUGGAAUUGCUCUUUUUGUGAUACUUCUACUUGUGGUUUCAAUACUUUCUUUGUAUUCAGUGCAUCUCCUUUUGAAGACCGCCAACGAAGGAGGAUCUUUAUUAUAUGAACAGUUGGGAAUGAAGGCCUUUGGUAUGCCUGGAAAACUUGCUGCUUCUGGAUCAAUUACAAUGCAGAACAUUGGAGCUAUGUCAAGCUACCUCUUCAUAGUGAAAUAUGAGUUACCAUUGGUCAUCAAGACAUUUAUGAACAUCGAAGAGAACACAGGACAGUGGUACCUUAAUGGCGACUAUUUAGUGCUGAUGGUGUCUGUCAUCCUCAUUCUUCCUCUGUCUUUACUGAAAAAUUUAGGAUAUUUGGGCUAUACCAGUGGCUUUUCCUUACUCUGCAUGGUCUUCUUUCUGAUUGUUGUAAUUUGGAAGAUGUUUCAGAUUCCUUGUCCUAUGGACAGUGACAUCAUAAACGCAACGUUAAUAAAUGCAACACUGGCACCUUUCACAGAUGAAAAUAUAACAAUUGAUGAUGCAUGCAAGCCCAAAUAUUUCAUCUUCAAUUCACAGACCGUCUACGCUGUCCCAAUCCUGACAUUUUCUUUUGUCUGUCAUCCUGCAAUUCUUCCUAUCUAUGAAGAACUGAAAAGCCGAAGCCGUAAAAGAAUGAUGAAUGUGUCCUAUGUAUCUUUUUUUGCCAUGUUCCUGAUGUAUUUACUGGCUGCUCUCUUUGGAUACUUAACAUUUUACGGAAGAGUUGAAUCAGAGCUGCUUCAUACCUACUCUGCUUUUCUGGGUGCUGACAUUCUUCUUCUAAUUGUGCGUCUUGCCGUACUUAUGGCUGUAACCCUUACUGUACCUGUGGUUAUUUUCCCAAUCCGCAGUUCCGUUACCCAACUACUGUGGGCAGGGAAAGAGUUCAGUUGGUGGCGUCACUGUGCUAUUACAGUUGUUCUCCUGGCAUUUACCAACGUACUCGUUAUCUUUGUCCCUACCAUCCGAGACAUCUUUGGAUUCAUUGGUGCAUCUGCAGCAGCUAUGCUGAUCUUCAUUCUUCCGUCUGCCUUCUAUAUCAAAUUAGUCAAGAAGGAACCAAUGAAGUCAGUGCAAAAGAUUGGGGCUGCAUUAUUCUUUCUAAGUGGUAUACUUGUGAUGACUGGGUGUAUGACACUGAUUAUUCUAGACUGGAUCCAUACUGAUGCUUCUGAUGGGCAUUAACUGUCCUGGUGUAAUGCUCCACUUCAAAUGCCAGUGUUCACUCAGAUACCUACUGAGAAUGAAAAUGAGCUAUUCAGCUUCCUUCCUUUAAAAUGCAGAUUCUUUGUUGAUGGUUCUUCUGAUUGUAGAAUACCUGAACUCUGGCUUUAAGGAACUAUUCUGCAUGAUGGAAAUGGAUUUUAACAUCAAACCACGUGAGUGUCUGGCUGAAGGAAGUGACAACUUUAUUCCAUUCCAGAGAAUGGACAGAACUCUGUGUAGACUUUUAUCAAGCCAUGUUUGGCUUUCAUCGUUGUUACUUGGAUAUUUUGUUAUUUUACUUGAAUGUGCCUAAUGGAACCAUUUGAUGUGAGAAACGACUCUUAAUUUACAGGAAAGUGUUUAAAUAACCAAUGAGAGAGAGAGAAAGAAACACUAUUAUUUUUUGUACCAAAAAAAUCUUAUGGACCUCAAAAGCACUAUUUUGACUUUAAGAAACUUUUUUUCUAAAAAGAAACACGCAUAUAAAAAUAAGUAAUCGGUGUCCUAAAUUAAAUCUAGUUUGCCUCUCUGUCGAGGCAUAAUUAGAAGAAAUUUUAUAUUAAAAGUACUUGUAAUGACCAAAGCAGAAGAUGAACCAAUUCAAGUAAAAUCUUCUAAUUGUAAAUGUUUCCCAUAAAAAUUAAUUUUCACUGUACUGAAAUUUUAACCACAGUUUACCUUUGUUUCAAAAAAAAUGGUCUGGAAACCCAAAUUGUCGAGCUUUAAAAAGUAUCAACCCCUUAGAAUGGGUGCACUUGAGAAGUGUAGUUAAUGUGGAACUCAGAGGGAUGGUAUUGACAUUGCCAUUCUUGAAGUACUCAAUAGUGCAAUUGGGUAAAACAGGGUUUGGGGUUGUUAGUUUGUUUUGUUUUGUUUUCCUGUUGUAGAUAAAAAACUUAAUGGCAAUGGAGCAUAUCAUCAAAGUACUCAUCCAUUAUUGGAUUUUUAAUUACUUGACUAUUCUGUUUCUGAGUCAAAUCUGCAAAAUAACUGUGCCAGUGUUUCAUGCUUGGUACAAACUCUCUUCACAUACACGACUGGGAUUCCUCUUCCAAUUUAUAGUGUAUCGUAGUAUUAAUGAUAACCUCAUAGACUGGAUAGUCAUCUCAUACUUGUUUGCUUCAGAAAUAGGUAAGUUUUUUUUUAUGAACUCUAGCUAGCUAGCUGAUGAAACAGAUGCUGUAUGGUUGUGAUAGCUGUUUUGUUUCUAGUGCAUGUUUACUCUUUCAUUCUUAUCCCAGGGUGAAGAGAAAUAACUUAUGUAACAGCGUACUUGGCUUACAAGAGGUUCUCAAACACAAUAUUAGGUACAAAAGCCUAGAUAGAGAUUAUUAAUGAAAUAAUCAUGGCAAUGUGGUCAGUUGUCUUCAUCUAACACAAUGUUUUAAAAGUCUGGUGUACAACGUUCCACUCAGCAUUUUUCAGAGGGAACAAGUAGGGCCCUGUAAUCCAUUGAUUAAACAGUGCCUGAGACUUUUUUUGCUCUUGUAGAAUCGGUCAGGAACGAUCUAAAUUACAGUCAUUGUUUGGCAGAUAACAUCAAGCUCUGCCCAGCCAUUUAAAAUUCAUGGGAAAAAAAUUGCAGGUAUUUUGUACUGAUACUUCUGCAUGGCUGUAAGUGCUGGUUGCUACGUCUGUAACGUAAACUGUAAUGAGAAGUUAGAUUUCUUUCGUGUUGUUCGUAUCAUUCGUUUGGUGGUACUCGACUGGUGAUGAACGAUCCUGAAGUCAGCACUGACUAAAGCUCCUUAGGUACUUCUCUGCCCUCAGCUACUUUACAUCUAUGGUAACUAUCCCAUGGCACCUGAUAUACAGGAGCGCUGAGCGCAUGCCUCUCUACUUCGGCAGCUUUUCUUCUUCCUCUGCAAGCGUAGAACAACUGAAGAGGAUUAAAAUGUCUACUUUUGAGCAACUUGUAGCACAUAAGGGAUGAAGCACUUCCCUUGCCAGCUUUUAAAAAAACAAUAAUAAUCUUCAUUCUCUCAGAACCACAGGAGAGAAAAAAAAGAAAUGAGAGGUUAUUACACAGUCCUCUCUGCAGCUGGAGAGGAGAAAGAUCUUUGUGAUGGCAACUCAUAAUGCUGUUAUCAUCCAUGUCACCUAAUUCUUCUAAUGUAGCAGUUUCUGGAUUCUGUGUUAAGCGUUGUAUUACUUGAUGGCUGGCUCCACCUGCAGCAGUUGAGUUCCACUUGGCUGGGUUGGUUUCAAAUGUAUGUUGUUGGUUGGAUGGUUGGUUGCUGGUUUUUUUUUUCUGGUUACGUUUAUUUUUUGAAACCUGUCUGUCUUAAGUUGCCUACGUAACAAAUGACCUGAAAGAGCAGCUUCAGUAUUAAACCACUGUUCUGUCACCUCAGUUAGACAUUACUGUCUUCCAUGAUAUUUCAGUCAUAAGUGUAAUAUGUUAUUUAUAAAACAUUAAUCCAUUAAGCCUAAACCUAUUUUUCAAUAUUUAUGAUAUUGUAUGUACAUAAAACUGUAUGUGUGUAUAUACUGUAAGUAUAAUGUAUAUAGUGUAGGUUCGGGGUUUGGGGUUUAUGUAUAUAUUUCUCUCUCAUUACUGAAAAUCGCGUCAUUUCAAUGAGUUGUUCAUGUUGUACAUCUGUAUAACAGCUGUCAAAAGAAAGGUCCUUCUACGACAAAAUGUAAUGCUUACCAAAAUGGAAGUAAUGUGUUUGUAAGGUGGAAUAAUACAAAGGUGGUAAUAGAUAUUCAAAAGGUUAUUUAUAGGGAAAAAUUCACCGAUAUGGAUGCCUUUGCUGGGAAACGCUGAGGCAAUCUCCACCAGGGAGUGAUCUCCAAGAAAUGCUGCCUUAGUGGUGGUCAGCCCUUAAAUGAGGUCUAGAGGAGGUGGAGUCAAGCUCCACCCCUUCCGGGAGCACAGCUGAAUUACCCUCACCUGUGCUCCCAUAGCUGACCUGACACUUGCCUCAGCUGAUUAAUCAGAGGUUCAGGCUGUGAUUACCAAUUUCCCAUGCGGUGUUACACCAAAAGGUGUAAGAAAACGCUAAGAUUGUAUUUAUUACAAAUGUAUAUAUUGCAAUAAACACAAAUGUCACUUGGGUCCAUAAAAGGUGUAA